AUGGCCGCCGCUGCCGCCCUCCGCUCCUCCGCCGCACUCCGGCUCCUGCGCCUCGCCCCGGCAGCCUCGUCGGCCCUGUCCGCUGCUUCCCGGCCCACCGCCGGGGUCGCGCCGCUCUCGCGCCUCAUCACCGCGCUCUCAGGUGGCAACAAUCCUAUCUCAUGGAAACUGAGACGCUUCUUCAGUUCAAAUGAAAAGCACUUGCCUGCAAUAUCUGAUCCAGAGAUAGAAUCUGCAUUUAAGGAUUUGUUGGCUGCUAGUUGGAAUGAACUUCCAGAUUCUCUCGUAGCAGAAGCAAAGAAAGCAGUAUCUAAAGCCACCGAUGAUAAUGCUGGUCAAGAGGCUUUGAAAAAUGUAUUUCGUGCAGCUGAGGCGUGUGAAGAAUUUAGUGGAACCUUGGUUACCCUAAGAAUGGCUCUUGAUGAUCUUUGUGGCCUGACUGGUGAAAAUGUGGGUCCCUUGCCUGGUUAUAUUGAAGAUGCUGUUAAAGCUGCAUAUAAUCGCUACAUGACAUAUCUGGAGUCCUUUGGCCCUGAGGAAACUUAUCUAAGAAAGAAGGUGGAGACUGAGUUGGGGACAAAAAUGAUACACCUCAAAAUGAGAUGCAGUGGCAUAGGUUCUGAGUGGGGAAAGAUCUCCCUGAUUGGCACCUCAGGGAUCUCAGGUUCCUAUGUUGAGCUAAGGGCAUGA